CUCCUGAAUUGAUCGAACACUGGUCUAUAGGACGAUUUCCGGUGAAUCUCUGGGCACGUCACUUCCGGUGGUGAUUGUGCUGGCAGCUGGGUAGACAUGGCAGCUUUUUCAGGUAUGUAUGCAGAGGCCUUCCAAGCAUGGGGACGUGCUGGCUCUGGAGCAUUAAUAAUAACAGCACAGUAUACUGUAAUAAUGCCAGAUACAGGGGUUACUGCCUCUAGCAGAUAUAUAUAUAUAUAUAUAUAUAUAUAUUAGUAAUUAAUAACCUUUCAUGCUCCAGCUGGGAUGAGUUCUGCUUCUCAUCAUGCUCAGCCAGCCAUUUGGCUGAGAAUAAUAAUAUUAGAAAUCCAAAGCAGACACCUGGAUCUGGAACAUGGCAAUGGACCACCUGCCCUGUUUCCUCCAUUUGUGGGUUAGGGCAGCAUUAUGUGUGUUAUGCAAUUACAUUAAAUUAAUUUGCAUUUUAAAGGCAUUAAAUACAUGUUAAUAGAUGUAAGGAAUGUCCAGUUCCUCAUUUAUAUAUUUAAGACCCCUUAGCUAACCUCUAGUAUAAUCUUUAAAAUGUAAAGAAGAAGAAGAAGAAUAUUUGUUUUAGUAGGAAUCCAUUGGAUUUGUUUAAUGAUAUAUAAGUGGUUCCAAAACAUUGUUGGGGCAAGGUGGUAAGCGUUUACAAUGCACACCUAUUUGUUGAGUUUAAUUAUUAGGGACAGGCAACAGAUAAACUUGCACUAGUAAGUCUUAAUUACCUGCUGGGAGUCACGGUUUUAAUGCUGACAUGUAUUUAAAAUGCAUACAGACUGAAUGUAAAGAGACACUAUAGUCUCCAAAACUGCUUUAGCUUAAUGAAGCAGUUCUGGUGUACAGGUCAUCACUCUGAAGUCUCGUUGCGCUAUUCCCUACCAUUUAGGAGUUAAAUCACUUUUGUUUCUGUUUUAUACAGUUCUAGCCGCACCUCUCCUGGCUGUGACUGACACCGUCUGCAUGCGAAAGUAAAUGGUUAUAAUUUCCAUCAGGUGUUCACUUAAUUUAGAAGGAUUAUCUUCUGCUCUGUAAAUUGAAGUUUAAUCACACACAGAAGUCUCUUGCAGUGUCUAGCAGGCUAUUAACAGAGCAGUAGAUAAGAAAUUAGAAACGAAACAGUAAUUGCAAUAAAAGGUAGUGUAAACUUUAGACGACUCUUUACUCAAAGUGUUUAGAACGGAUAUGCAAGUCACGUGCAGGGAGGUGUGACUGGGACUGCAUAAAUAACGCAAUUUAACUCCUAAAUGGGAGAGAAUUGAGCAGUGAGACUGCAGUGGCAUGCUCUACACACCAAAACUGCUUCAAUAAGCUUAAAUUAUUUUGGUGACUACAGUAUAAUUGAAAUCCUGAAAAAUCAAGGUUUUAUGGCACAUGUUGAGUUGGUUUGUGCCACACCAGUGGAGUGCUGGUUGAAAACUACUGGUAUAUAUUAUAUGUUUAGCAUUCAUAGUCCAUUUAAAAAAAACAGGACACAUUUAUAUGUGCAAAAUAAAAUCUUAGUAACAAAUUAUUGGAAGCAAGUGUUAAAAUUCACAGUAUUCAAUCACAGAGAUAAUAUGAAACAAAAUAUUGAAUCUGCAAGUGACAAGUUUGUGGUCAGUCCUGUUCAAUUUGCUAGAUGAUACAGACUAACAGAACACAUCUGUUUGCCACUAAAAUAAAAUUAAAAUACAUUAUUUACCCAAUUGUUUUGACUAAUAACAUCUGAUGUUUUGGGAAAGUUACAGAAUGUUUGUUCAAUGAAGUGAUCUGGGUGCCAGGUCCCUCAGGUUUUAACCCUUCAGAUGCAAACAUAGCAGUUUCAAAGAAACUGCUAUGUUUACAUUUGGGGUUACGCCAGCCUCUAGUGGCUGACAUCCAGACCCUCAGGGCACUAUAGUGUCAUGAAAACCGCUUUGUUUUCCUGAGACUAUAGUGAUCCUUUAAAAAAAUCACUAUAGUGAUCCUUUUUUUUUUAAUUGUUGUUUAAUGUAAGAUGGCAUUAUUAUGUAGCUACAUAAUAGAACAGAGUUACAAACUAAUGGGCUUUUAAGCUUUAGAAAAAAAUAUAAUACACUCUAUGCAUAUAUUUUGCAGACCAUUAGGAGACUGCUUGGAAGGAGGGGAAUGCAAUGUAAAGAAUUGAUGCUAGAGGAGGCAGUUAUUUACCUUGAGGAAUUCGUUUUGUAAUUUAAAUACUAGUUUCCCAGAUUAACUGACCUUUUUUGUUUGGUUUUGCAGAGAUGGGUGUGAUGCCUGAGAUUGCUCAGGCUGUGGAGGAAAUGGAUUGGCUGUAAGUAUACAGUGUGUCAUGACAAACAUUAUACUACAUGCAGUAUAAUUAGUAGCAAAUUCUAUGGCAGACAAUUGCUGAUUAAAAUAGCCAGACUGGAUUUAUUUUCUUUGGGUUUUUUGGCUUUAAAGCAACACUAAAGUCACCAGAACCACUUCAACGUAAUGUAGUGGUUGUGGUGUCAAUAGCAUAUCCCUGCACUCUUUUCAGUGUAAACACAGGUUUUUCAGACAGCCACUAGACCAGGGCUCAACAAAUCCCAGGCGCCAGAUCGCCACGGCGACUAGAAAUGUCGCCCUGGCGUUUGGGAUUUGCCAAUUCUGUAGUUAGUGAGCUUUGACGACGGCCGUCAUGGGAAAUAUUGGAGGCGGCCGCCCGCCACCCCGCGGGUAUUUGGAGGUGGCACGUGAGGGAGCAGUACUCUGUUUGCAGCUGCUCCCUCGCGCUGUGUAAUGAUGCCGGGAGCCAGAAUAUGACGUCAUCCCAGCCCCGGCAUCAUUACACAGCGUGAGGCAGAGUACUGCUCCUUCGCAUACAGGAAGAGUGCAGCCCCAUUGAACCCCAGGAAAGACCCACUCAGCUCUCCCAAAGGUAGGGAGGCUGAGUGGGUUUCAAUUAAAACAAAAAGUGUUUGUGUUUGUGAGAGAGCCUGUCCGUGUGUGUUUGUGAGAGAGCCUGUCCGUGUGUGUUUGUGAGAGAGCCUGUCCGUGUGUGUUUGUGAGAGAGCCUGUCCGUGUGUGUUUGUGAGAGAGCCUGUCCGUGUGUGUUUGUGAGAGAGCCUGUCCGUGUGUGUUUGUGAGAGAGCCUGUCUGUGUGUGUUUGUGAGAGAGCCUGUCCGUGUGUGUUUGUGAGAGAGCCUGUCCGUGUGUGUUUGUGAGAGAGAGCCUGUCCGUGUGUGUUUGUGAGAGAGCCUGUCAGUGUGUGUUUGUGAGAGAGCCUGUCAUAGUGUGUGUGUGUGUGUGUUUGUGAGAGCCUGUCAUAGUGUGUGUGUGUGUUUGUGAGCAAGAGCCUGUCAUAGUGUGUGUGUGAGCAAGAGCCUGUCAAGAGUGUGUGCAAGCCUGUUCUCAGCGUGUGAGUGUGUGUGAGCCUGUCAGUGUCUGUGUGUGCUGUCGGAGUGAGCGAGCCUGUCUGAGUGUCUGUCUGUGUGUGUGUGAGAGCGAGAGGCUGUCAAGAGAGUGUGAGUGAGCGCCUGUCAGAGUUUGUGUGUGCUUGUCUGUCAGUGUCUGUGUGCGAGCCUGUCAAAGUGUGUGCGUGCAAACCUGUUGUCAGCAUGACUGUGUAUGUGAGCCUUUCAGAGUAUGUGUGCCUGUCAGUGUGCGCGCGCACGCAUUUAGGUACCUGCCCCCUCCAAUUGCAUGAGGAAGGUGUUAACUCACCUUUGUUCCCAUUUUCCCACGCUGUGCCAGUUUCACCAUGGCUGAUAUGAUCAAUCUUUAUGAUCUCAGCUAAGCCAAUGCUUUCCCUUGAAAAUGACUGGCUCCUAACUUUUUUAGCUGGCUCCUAUAUUCCAGACAAAUUUGUCAAGCCCUGCACUAGACUGUGCUUCCUGCAGCACUGACGGUCAACUGCUUCAAUGCAUCUCUAUGAUGAGAUGCUGAUUGGCGUUUUAGCAUCUAGCCUGCCUUGUGCAACUGCCUCCCAAUGCGCUGUGCUGAGUAUAAUAUUUUUUCAAAGGGAGCCACAGGGUCCGGAAACAAACUAUGAUACAUGCUUGUGUUCCUGACUCUAGUGUUGCUUUAAGUUAAUUACCUUUAGUUUGUGUUGCUUGUGCAACAAAUUCUAAUGUUCAGAACAUGUAUGACUUUGAAGUUAAACUGUGAAUUAAAUUUCAGUUGCUGCAAGUUUUUUUUUUUUUUUUUUUUUUAAAUUUUUUCAUCAAGGUAUAAGUAAUUUGAUUGAAAAAAUAUAUAAACAUUGUACAAACUCAUUUUCUUAAAUUCUUUACUUUUUCUGUUCUCGACAGUCUUCCUACGGAUAUUCAAGCAGAAUCUAUCCCACUAAUCUUAGGUGGUGGGGAUGUGCUCAUGGUAAGUUCCAUUUUAGUUAACAAAAUUUGUGCUUCUGAGCUUUCUCUAAAACAAAGCCUUUAAUAAACAAAUUUUGCUACCAACAUACAACUACAUUUGUAAGACUCUGUGCUCACUCUGAAACUAGAGAGCAUGAACCUUGUCAUUUGGGACUUGCUUUUUGCAGCUUAGUGUUGUUUUGAGAGGCAGAUGAAGCAGUUGAUUACCUGUCCUCUGAAUGCUGGCAGCAACUAGUUGGUCCCAUUCUCCUGAUAUAACUGUAGGAGAGACAGAAGGUUAAGGCUAGUAUACCACUCAACAGACCUCUUUUGGACCUACUUCUGGAAUAUCUGGACUAGACGGAAUAGUGUCCAAAGGCAAGGUGGCCUUCUACUUUAUCCACAGCCCAUCAAUGUAUGGCAUUCGGUCCCUCUUGAUGUUUUCUACCUGCCUCCAAUCAGGCCCCCAAUUAGAGUAUUGGUUAAGUGCCAUGGUCUGUUCCAGGGUCUUGACCUUGUCAAGACAGUUGCCAUCAGUAUUAGGCUAUGUUUUUGCAGUCUGAUUGCAUUGUUUGUUCUCUUUCUUUAGUUUUCUUUUGCUUAUCCUUCUGCUUUUAUUAUUGAAUGGCUAAGCAUGGUCUUUCCCCCACUUUUAUAGCUUUCCAUGUGAGCCAGUCGAUUUUUAUUGCUAUAUACCAUGUAUAGAUGUCAUUCAACUUCCAUGCUACUCUUUUUAAUUUUUCUAUAAAGUCAAGGUAUACAUGUUGCUGCUGAGAACUUACUGUUCACAUUGCUUUUUUAUGCACAAAUAUGUCUUUAAUAAACAAUUUAUAUUAAUACAUUUAUGGUGGAGUGUUGAUGCAGUCUAUACGUGGGUGAAUAGUGCAGUGGUACACGAUGCAAGUGAAUUGGCACUCAGAUUUGGCACCUUGUGUGUUGGGUUUCUGUUAAGUGAUGUUGAAGGGUGUUAGCACCAGGAUGGUGCAGUUCAUGGUGGGAAUUGGGUGCACUGUUGGUGGUAGGAGUUAUUGUAUCUUGGUGCUGUUAGGAGCAGUGCCUAAUAUUUGUUUAAUGAGAUUGCUGAGGAUGGGCCUGUGAAAGAAAAGAUGACAAAUUUUAAACCUUUUUCUUACCCAUUUCUUGUAGGCUGCAGAGACCGGAAGUGGAAAGACAGGGGUGAGUAAAUGUACAAGUGACUUGCAUUGCCUAUUCAAACGUCUCCACUUGUGCCUUUUCUGGUGUUAACUAUAUCAAUGUUCUAGAAAUAAACAAACGUCUAUAAGAUAUAUUGAUGUUAAAUGGACAUUCUUGCAAUGAAAACAGUGCCUUUUUUGAGGACUUGCUCUGUUUACAUUUUACAUUCCACCCACUUCUGCUAGCAGCUGCCAGGCAAACUCUGGACUAAAAUAGAUUCAGUAAUUAAAUCUAUUUUAUAUCUGAGGUCAGCUUGCAAAGGGUGCUGACACCGGCCCUUGUGUGUACAUCACGUAAUUCUCUAUGAAGGAUUUGAUUGGACACAGAUUAUCACAAUUGAUCAUCUCACAGUAGCAUUCACUUUUAUUAGCCAUGUAUUAGUAGGUCUCUUCACAUUUGUGGUUUUUUUUAUUACUCUUGUUUAGGCUUUUAGCAUCCCUGUUAUCCAGAUUGUGUAUGAAACACUGAAAGAUCACCAGGAAGGGAAAAAGGGAAAAGCUUCUAUUAAAACUGGCAGCACAGGUAACACCAAUUUCACAGGGAGUACACUUACUAUGUGUUUAUAUCUGUUUAUAGUAUAUACUGAAUAGGUACAUGUUUUUCUGAUUAGUAAAAGAAAUACAAAUAACAUCCUAUUGAAAGGGAAAGUACAAUUAAGGUUGGUUUCAUAUCAGUCUUGUUAACCCGUGAAUGAAGUCAUAACUACAAUUAAUCGAUUUCCCUGACGUGGGAGUGAGAGGGGACCUGCAGUGCAAGGAAAGCAGAUUGUUUUCCUGGCACUUGAGUUUCCCUUUAACAAAAUAUUCCAGAGUAAUCCUCCGAAUUGCUGGAGAUGCUUUCAUCCGGAUGGUUAAAUGGUGCAUAUUUGGUGGAACUGUCCAAGAAUUAGACCACUGUGGGACCUUUCUUUUGAUUUAAUUAAUAAGAUAGGAGGUAUAUUCCUGGCGAAUAAACCUGAAAUAGCCUUAUUACACCUGUAUGGAAUAAAGCCUGACAGGAAAAUAGAGAUUCUGAUAAUUCACUGUCUUAUGGCAACUAAAUUGUUAAUUGUUAGGGGAUGGAAAAAAACUGCUAUACCAAAUAAGCUUCAACUUAAGGCCCAAUUGAUAAAGCAGUUCGAGAUGGAACUGGGAGUGAUUUUAUCCAAUCCCUAUGCAAAUUGUAAAACUACAGGUAUAGAUCCAAUUCUCAUUGCAGAUAUUAAACGGUUCUAAGAUAAAUCAUGUGUAAGGGAACUAUUGAGUUCAGAACUUUAUCCCUGCCUGACCUUGCCACUGAAAGUGCUGAAUUAGCAAAUAUCAAAAUGCAUUUCACAUCUGAGAAAGACCAAAUCCUUUUAGAAUGUUCGUAUUGUUAGGAUGUGUGAUAGCCAAACUGUAUGAAUUUUUAAUUUUUUUAAUUUUUUUUAAAAUGAAAUACGUGGGAAAUAGCGAAUUAAUUUUUGUCUACUAUUGUAGUAUGUAUAGAUAUAAAGCUGCUUCUAGUUCUACUGUUAAAUCUGUCAAUAUUAGUUGGAUACUUGUAAUUUUUUUUACAUUUUUGGCUAUUGUUUGUCUUGGGCUUCUACAGGAGCAAGUAUAUUUGUAUAUAUGUUUUAUUGGGGGGAAAAAACACUUCUAGGAUUUGUUGUUGCUACAAUCUUACUUUUUCACCUUUUGACAUUACUUUUUUUUUUUUUUAGUCCUGAAUAAAUGGCAGAUGAACCCAUAUGACAGAGGUUCAGCCUUUGGUAAGUGCCCUUUAUUUAGCUUGUAUCUAUUUUCUUUUUUUCUUUCAAUGUUUACACGUUUGUUACAUUUUUCAAAACUUUUAUAAUAUUAAAAUUUUGUUUAUUUCUGUGAAUUAUUGACCAGAGUAUCUAACACAAUUUACUUCUGUUUAGCUAUUGGGGCUGAUGGCUUCCUUUGCCAAAGCAGAGAAAUAAAAGAAUGGCACGGAUGCAGAUCCACACGAGGUGUUAAUAAAGGUAAAUUCAUAUUUGCUCAAAAUGAUUGAAAACAAGAACCAACUUUGGAAUGUGAAAUCCUUGCAAGACAGAAAAAUGUAUUUCCUUUGUAUUGUUUGUCAAAGUAUGCAGCAGUACCUGAAGUGGUAUUUGUGCAAAUGUUUAGGUCAAAUUAGAUCAGGUAUAAAAAAAACAAACAAAAAAAUAACACAGAUUGUGAAAAAAGAAUGCUAAAGGUGAGUACUCACUUUAUGAGCGAAAACAUGGUAAUUAUGUCUAGAGUGGGUUUCUGUGCUUAGUAAAAUACUUGAAAAAUCAAGUCAUGAAUUUUCCUGAGUAGUUUUCUCUUUUUCAUGCCAAAGGCACACGUUCUUUGAGAACAAAAACAGCACUGAAGCUGCCUAGACAUUUCUCAGGAAAAUUAAAAUAAAAAACUAAAAAACAUGUACAGUAGUGUAAAGACCCAAAUGUAAUUUUCUACUGAUGGGUUGAAACCAUCACUUACAUCCUGGAUGAAAUUGGAAAUGAGCUGUGUGGGGAAAAGGUUUAAAAAUAUCAGGAAGUAUUUCUUUACUGAGAGGGUAGUGGAUGCAUGGAACAGCCUUCCAGCUGAAGUGGUAGAGGUUAACACAGUAAAGGAGUUUAAGCAUGCGUGGGAUAGGCAUAAGACUAUCCUAACUAUAAGAUAAGGCCAGGGACUAAUGAAAGUAUUUAGAAAAUUAGGCAGACUAGAUGGGCCGAAUGGUUCUUAUCUGCCGUCACAUUCUAGGUUUCCAUGCUCACUUUAAUAUCCACAUCGUUGAAUCUGUUCUAUGUGCAUACCUUUCUUAAAAGUCAUGGAAAAGUGAGCAAAAACCUCUGUUUGCUCAAAGCAAAAUUCCACUUAUUUCUCACAAUUUAUCAUGAACAGGGCACGUAAAAUACUUGAAUAAUUAAACCAUGAGUUUUCCGGGGGUAGUUUUCUCUUAUUUUUCAUGCCCAAGGCACACAUUCUUUAAGACCAAAUGGCACUGGAGCUGCCUAGACAUUUCUCAAGAGGAAAAAAAAAAAAAAAAUACAAUAGUGUAAAGACCCCAAUGUAAUCUCCUGCUGUAUCAAGUUUCUACUGAUAGGUUGAAACCAUCACUUACAUCCUGGAUGAAAUUGGAAAUGAGCUCUAUGCUUGCUUUAAUAUCCACACCGUUGAAGCUGUUUUGUGUGCAUACCCUUCAUAAAAGUCACGGAAACAUGCUCAAAGCAAAAUUCCACUUAUUUCUCACAAUUUAUCGUGAAAAGGGCACUUUUUUUUUUUUUUAUGGACAUUGCAUGUAAAUCGCAAGUAAAUUACUUGCAAAUAUAAGUUGCAAAUAAAGUCCAUGAUACAGCUGCACGGAGAUUGCAUAAUCCAUGGUAUUUGCUACCAGAUCUAAAUCGUAGGUAAAUAUAAAUGUUUCAUACAGAAAUGGACACUUUUACCAUGGCCACGAUUUAAUAGUUUUGGAUAGACUUUUAAAGUAAUUUAAUAUUAUGAAAAAUAUAAAAAUGUUGAUAUCUUUUGAUAUAUUUACUUUUUUUCAUAUCUGUGUGUGUGUAUAUACACUGCUCAAAAAAAUAAAGGGAACACUUAAACAACACAAUGUAACUCCAAGUCAAUCACACUUAGGAAGCAACACUGAGUGACAAUCAAUUUCACAUGCUGUUGUGCAAAUGGGAUAGACAACAGGUGGAAAUUAUAUGCAAUUAGCAGACACCCCCAAUAAAGGAGUGGUUCUGCAGGUGGUGACCACAGGCCACUUCUCAGUUCCUAUGCUUCCUGGCUGAUGACUUGGUCACUUUUGAAUGCUGGCGGUGCUUUCACUCUAGUGGUAGCAUGAGACUGAGUCUACAACCCACACAAGUGGCUCAGAUAGUGCAGCUCAUCCAGGAUGGCACAUCAAUGCGAGCUGUGGCAAGAAGGUUUGCUGUGUCUGUCAGCAUAGUGUCCAGAGCAUGGAGGCGCUACCAGGAGACAGGUUAGUAUGUCAGGAGAGGUGGAGGAGGCCAUAGGAGGGCAACAACCCAGCAGCAGGACCGCUACCUCUGCCUUUGAGCAAGGAGGAACAGGAGGAGCACUGCCAGAGCCUUGCAAAAUGACCUCCAGCAGGCCACAAAUGUGUGUCUGCUCAAACGGUCAGAAACCGACUCCAUGAGGGUGGUAUGAGUGCCCGACGUCCACAGGUGGGGGUUGUGCUUACAGCCCAACACCGUGCAGGACAUUUGGCAUUUGCCAGAGAACACCAAGAUUGGCAAAUUCGCCACUUGCGCCCUGUGCCCUUCACAGAUGAAAGCAGGUUCACACUGAGCACAUGUGACAGACAUGACAGUCUGGAGACGCCGUGGAGAACGUUCUGCUGCCUGCAACAUCCUCCAGCAUGAACGGUUUGGCAGUGGGUCAGUAAUGGUGUGGAGUGGCAUUUCUUUGGGGGGCCACACAGCCCUCCAUGUGCUCGCCAUAGGUAGCCUGACUGCCAUUAGGAGAUGAGAUCCUCAGACCCCUUGUGAGACCAUAUGCUGGCGCGGUUGGCCCUGGGUUCCUCCUAAUUCAAGACAAUGCUAGACCCCAUCCACCAACGUCACGUUGCACCAAAGACAGUCAGGAGUUGGCAGAUGCUUUAGUCCAGGUCUGGGAGGAGAUCCCUCAGGAGACCAUCCACCACCUCAUCAGGAGAAUGCACAGGCGUUGUAGGGAGGUCAUACAGGCACGUGGAGGCCACACACACUACUGAGCUUCAUUCUGACUUGUUUUAAGGAAUAUAUAUAUAUAUAUAUAUAUAUAUAUAUAUAUAUAAUUAAAAAAAAAAAAAUUUUUAAUAUUUUUAAUAUAAUUUGAAAAGCUUAAACAAUAAUAUUUAUAUCGGGGCUUGACUUCUAAGCAGCAUGGUGUAAUGGCACUAGUGAGUUAAAACCUAGCAGGAAACAUUCUGGGUGUGCAUAAUCCAGAGGGCAAACUACUAAGCUAUUAGUUGUUCGCUCUGUUUGUGGUGUGGGAGCUCCUCACUGUUAUAAAGUUAUUGCAAUAUUAUAUUUUUCGAACGAGUCUCUAAUAUGAACAUGCCAUCUCUACUCCUUUAACAGGAAAGUACUACUAUGAAGUUCAUUGUCACGAUCAGGGCUUGUGCCGGGUUGGAUGGUCUGUGUCACAAGCUUCCUUAGACCUUGGUAAGUUUCUCGUUUGUAUAGUACGAUAUAUUAUUUGUUUAGGUUACCUUGAUGCUAGAGGCAUAAUACAAUUAUGUAUCUGCACUUUCUUGCGUUGUCAUAUAUAUUUUUUUUUUCUUCAUACUUUCAUCUUUUUGUUUCACUUCAAUAGUUAUCUGUUUACUCUUCUUUAAACAUACUUAUAAAUGAAUUGAUAGUAUAAUAUUUACCUAAAAAUGUAUUAUAAUAUUAACAGGUUCUUUUCUGAUCCUAGUUUAGUAAUUAAGCCGUAUUCUGUGUUUCUUCCUCCUUCCUUUCAAGUGUUGAUAGUUUGUUUUUGUUUUUUCUCUGAUGGGUGGUGCUAAUUCCCUAGAGCACUGUCUUAUAGAGAUACCUUCUGCCUAAUUGACAUAGGCUUUGUAUUUCUAUGGCACACUCUGUUUUUUACUGCAAGGUAGGGAAAAACUGCCAUCAUUCAUUCAACAUUGUAUCUUUAUAGAUAUUACACCAUACGGAAUAUAAAAUGCAGAACAGCCGCCACAUUGGCCAUACCAUCAAGUGGUGGCAGAGCCAUGGGUGCCUAGGGAUAUAAUUCACUGUCAAACUGCUGAAGUUUGGUUUGACACUUAAUAGUUGUACACCGACAGAGGACUCCAGCCUGCAAAACCAAAAAUGAAAAUACUAUAGUUAUAAUGUAGUGCAUAUAGUGUCUAUUUUUUUUUAUUUAUUUUUUUACAAAUUUAGGUUUAUUUGGAAUAAUAACUUGGUUAUCAUUUCUUGUAGGAACGGACAAGUUUGGCUUCGGUUUUGGUGGGACUGGGAAAAAGUCUCAUAACAAGCAGUUUGACAAUUAUGGAGAGGUAAGUGUUUAGGACAUCAUUGUAAAUCGCUACCAUAGAAAGACAUGUAUAUGAAUCUCCUCUACAAUCAUGUCCCCUAUUAUUUAAUCUAUGAGCUCUCAGUUUAUUAAUGUAUUAUAAAGAUAAUGCUUUCAAAAAGAAUGUGCAGACCCCCACACACAAGGAAGAGACUCUUGUCCCAUAAAUCUCAGAACAGUAAGUAGUUUAUCCUGAAAACCCUUCCACUUAUUUUUUUAGAAUGUAAAAACGUCUCUGUAAACUGCAAGCAGCCAUGCUGGUGCUGAUAGCUAUUCACACAUAGCCUUUUGCCCAUCACAGAGUUAGAUUAAGGUACUUUUAAACAAGCUUGUAAUGAUGCUUAUAGUGACACUCUAACAUGUGAUGGGACUUCUCCAGUAGUGGACAUUUGUGUUAAUGAAAAUUGUAUAAAGAUGUCUGACGCUAUGAUAAUUCUUCGAGAGACUUGUUUCCCACUUGAGUACCUACACUAUCUUGUUUCUCUUCUAUUUCAGGAGUUUACAAUGCAUGACACUAUUGGCUGCUUCUUGGAUCUGGACAAUAACCAAGUAAAGUUUUCAAAAAAUGGUAAGCUAUGGAAUCCUCUAUAACUGUAGUAAAGCUUUAAGGUCUGUGCUUUUUUGUAAUACACGAUCUGUGCAUCUUGUUUAGGUAAGGACCUUGGUCUUGCAUUUGAAAUUCCUUCACAUCUAAAGAAUCAGGCUUUCUUUGCAUCCUGCGUUUUAAAGGUACACUUUGUUUCAUCUCUUUAGUUAUAAAAAAUAAAUAUAUAUAUAUAUAUAUAUAUAUAUAUAUAUAUAUAUAUAUAUAUAUAUAUAUAUAUAUAUAUAUAUAUAUAUAUAUAUAUAUAUAUAGUGUUUGAAAUGAACUUUAUACUACACUGUAUUUGUUGUUCAUAUUUAAGAAAAGGUGCUUUAAAAAUCAAAACAUGUAUUCCAAGUCUACCAUACUUCAGUUCAUUUAGAAUAGACAAGUUCAUUGCAAAUUGCAUUAUUAUUCAUCACACUUAAGUGCAGUCUCCCCUCCGCAGUAUGAAGAAUAAGAGAGGUAAUUGUUUCGGUUGUUUUUUUUUUUUUCCCCUUAAAUUCUACUAAUCACUGUCCUGCUGACCGACAUGAUCCUUAACUUACAAUUAUUUAAACCCUGAUAACCGCAAUAAAUGCACGUUAUGAGUUGUUUAUGUGAAUCUGUUUAAAAGGGUUUUCCAAGCUGUGAUCAGCUCUUCAAAUAAUAUUCAUAAAUACUUUGCUUUCCUCCCACCCCCCCGUGAUGUUGAAUCAAACCAGAAUUCUGUAGUAACCAUGUUUAUGCAUAUAUGUUGCAUGACCACAUUCACUAAUUUCUGACGCUUGUGCAUACAUCACUUGGAAUAACACAAUUGGAGGUAUCUCCUUAAUUAAAGAAGGUGAUAUGUCUUCUGUUCUGUGACAUGGCUGGUUACAUUCACUGCAGAAAUGCUAUAGAGGAAUCUUAAGGAACUACAGCUGUAUUCUCCUGAUGGUUCUCUUAACAGUUCCGUUGUGAAGUAAUUGAUAGGUGGCUAUUUUUUGUUUUGUGUUUCCCGCCUCCCUUCCCCAAAAAAAUCACAUCUGGCAUCUCUCAAAAAUAGCAUAUUCUAUGCAUGAUGCAUUUGGUAAAUCCUUGAACCUUUGUUAUAUGCAAUGUGCCCUUAACAAUGUUGAAAAUUGUGAUGCUAACAAUUCCACUUUAGAAUAUCUAUCUGUUCUCUAUGCUAAUUUCACACAUUUGUUAUAUUUGUUCUUUUAUUGUUUUUAAUUGGCUGGCAUUGUUAUUAGAAGUAGUCUUGGAACUCUUACUCCCUAAAUCCUUUAGGAAAUAACCCUGUAAGUUUCCAAUCAGGUGUUUUGCACUUUUUUGUUUUGUUUUUAGUUUACGUUAUAUGUAAGAGACAGUGAGGUGGUGUUAGGCUGCACAGCUAUUUCUGGUAACUGGUUCACGUUGGUUUCUCUAUUAAGCCAGGUACCUAUGAGCUAUUUCAUAAUUGUUCUCUUUCAGAAUGCUGAACUUAAAUUCAACUUCGGGGAUGAGGACUUUAAAUUCCCACCGAAAGAUGGCUUUGUUGCUCUUUGCAAAGCUGCUGAUGGUCAUGUGGUGAAAUCUCCAAACUCUGGUAUGUUCCUUUCUCAUUUUGUGUAUAUAGUAUUUGAGCUGCCGGGGGGGGGAGAGAGUAUUUUCAUUAAUGACAAUGUAAAAAUACAAAUUCCAGUAAUUUAGUUUUUUUUUGUUUAUAAAGAAUUUUAAUUUUUGAGUUGUGCUCUGUUGUUUUUAUUUACAUCUUCUGAUCUCUUGUGAUUAUGUUUAUUGUUAAGUGUCCCAAACCCAGUAUGUCUGAACCUUCUGGGCUUUGAAUUCUCUUCUAAAAAUUACAUUCCACAUUAGAGGGCAGCACUAAACUUUACUCAUACUCAUACUCAUCACUUGGUAAGAAAAGACGCAUUCUAUUAGAUGACAAGGGUUCCCGCAGCAGUGCUUUCUCUCUUCAUGUGUGCAGGGAUUAUUUCCUCAGCACUAUGUACAUAGACAAAUUGAGCUACUUUUUAGUUACGUUACCUCACUCAGAGGUCUAGAAUAUAUAUAAUCACACUAUUCUUAUAUUGCCAACUCACAGGAAAUGUCUACAGUUACCGUGAAACAGUUUGGAGCAUUUGACUAACCUUGUUCUUGGCUUGUCAUAACAUUACUAAGUUGAACAGGCUAAUGGAAGGCUUUUCCCCCCUGCGUUUUAUUCCCCCCCAACCCCCCCUUUGAACAACUUAAAAAUUAUUUGCAGGAAACCAGGGAGGGGGGGAUAACGCUGCAGUAAACUGUAGUGGUUGUGGUGUUUAGAGUGGCCCUGUAAAACCAGGAAUCUGUCUAUCAUGGAAAAUUUGGUUAAUUGAGUUUAAUGAAAUCUUCAAUGCCACAUUUAGCUAUUGCUCCUGUAUAGCAAUGUCCACACAUCUACAUGUUUCUCUUUCAUUAGGAAGUGCACAGGUGUCCCAAGCAAAGAAUUUGCCUAAUGCACCAAAGGCACUUAUUAUUGAACCAUCGCGAGAACUGGCAGAGCAAACACUGAACAAUGUCAAACAGUUUAAGAAAUAUGUGGACAAUCCCAAGUUGAGGUAACUGUUUUUAUUUAUUUUUUGUUUAUUUAAUAUGUUAAAUACAUAGAAUAGCAUUAUAGUAAAGAAUUUGUUUUUUGUCUUCAGGGAACUCCUGAUUAUUGGUGGAGUUGCAGCAAAGGAACAACUGUCUCUUCUCGAGAGCGGUGUAAGUUUUCAUGAAGAAUUACAAUUUUGGCAUCUACUAAUAUUAAUCUGUACAUACCUGCUCUUGAAGGGUGAAGUUUGGCAGUAUUCAUACCUGUGGCGUACAAUAUUGUAACAUUCAAGAAAGCACUCCCUUUAAAUAAAUCUCAUUUGCAUGAAAUGGCACACACCAUCAAAUUCAAAUAUGUUUGUAAGCAUUAUGGGACUUGCUUGACUUUCAUUUACCUCUACAAGCAGCUGUAUAUUUUUAAAGAAAACAUGCAAAACAAAGCGGGUCAGGGUCUGACCCUUUGCAAAUGAUGCUGAUUUUUGUAGUUAUUUUUUUAUGGGUGCUUGGUAUAUUUCCAGCUCCCUUCAAGCAUGCAACCAUAACCCGGAUCCUAAAGAAGUUCAAUCUAAAUUUCCUAUUUACCUAUUACCAUUUGCCCCCGAUGUCCUUGAGAGAGUUGCCUGAAACUAACUAAUUUUCUUGAAUCUAACUCUGUGUGACCCACUUCAGUCUGGAUUCCACACUCAUCGUUCUUUCGAAACCUACUUGGCCAAAGUAAACAAUAAAUUCUUUACUGCAAAAUCCAACGGUCACUACUCCCUUUAAAUAACUGUUAACAUAUUCUCCUUCCAUAAAAUUUUAUUGUAAACUCUGUUAGUAACCUACUUUUCCCAUACAUGAAAUAAAUCUUACCCCUGUCAUUUUACCCCACUUCUCGUUGAAUGUAAGCUUGUUUGACCAGGGCCAUCGGCACCUUCUGUUCCUGUACGUCCAACUUGUCUUGUUGCAACUACUUAUGUGUUAGUCUUCCUAAUUUGUUGGUGCGUUAUACAAAUAAUUAUAUGUGUACAUUUUAUAUGAUCUGCUUGUUGUUUAUAGGCGAAUUUGACCUAACGUUUAAGAUUCCCAUUUUGUUUUCCAACCCUGAAACUGUAUGUAUUCAUUUAUUUUUACAAUUUAAGCAAUUCCAGAGUGUGGCAUUUGUUUCUGUAAUUUCCUUAAAAUGUUAUUCGUUAUAUUUUGCAGGUGGAUAUAGUGGUGGGGACUCCCGGCAGAAUAGACGACCUUGUUUCAACAGGAAAACUUGUUCUGUCUCAAGUUAGAUUCCUGGUGCUGGAUGAAGCUGUAAGUUGAAAGGAUUUCUUUAGAAACAAAAAAGUGUUUAAUGGGCUUAAGGAAAACUUUUCUCAAAAUAACAAUAAAUGGAAUGAUUUGUACAAAAGGUAAUGCAGAAAAAGGAUAAAGUGACAAACGUUACAAAAGUAAUAGUGAAAAUGGCCAUAACAUUUGAUAAAUCCAUAAAAAAACAAGUUAUUCUAUUCUGUGACCCUUUGAUAAAUCUUCCCCUUUGUGAUAUUCCUUUAAAGCAUCAUCAUUCAGAUUCACUUUGUUACUGCUAGUGAUACCCAUUUGUACUUUUUGAUUGCAGGACGGCCUUCUUUCUCAAGGUUAUUUGGAUUUCAUCAACAGAAUUCAUGGGCAGAUUCCUCAGAUCACAUCAGAUGGAAAGAGGCUGCAGGUAAGUGCUUCAUGGUAUACAAUCCCCAGGUUAUAAUCUGCAAUCAUUGUUUAGUAGACAUUGUCUUUACCUAAUCCUUCUUUAUUAAACAUUCUGCUGUGUAUUAGUUGAAUGACUUUACGUCUUGGAAUCUGUUUUGUACACCAGGUGAUUGUAUGUUCAGCCACACUGCAUUCCUUCGAUGUAAAGAAACUGUCCGAGAAAAUCAUGCAUUUCCCUACCUGGGUGGAUCUUAAAGGAGAGGACUCUGUCCCUGAAACAGUGCAUCACGUCGUCCUCGUUGUCAACCCAAAGAAAGACAAACUGUGGGAACGACUGGGCAAGAGCCAUGUCCGGGUAAUUGCUUCAUCAUGUUCAUCAUCACUUAGUUCAAGUAUACAUAGAAAAUACUGUUUAUCAAUAUUACAUUUCCAAAGCUCUGCUAAUCUAAAUAUUGCCAUAACGUGUUGCACAAUAUAACAUCUACUCUUUGGUUUAGGUUGAUACCUGAACUAAUGGGAUAGUGAACGCCCCUCAAAAGUAGGGUUACUUACUAAACAAAAAAUUGUAAAAUCUGAAAUUAUCUUCUUAAUUCUUGAGCCUUUAGAAUUUAUUAAAUAAACCUGAAAAUUUUUAAAGUUUUAAGCAAUUCUAAAGUUUUUACUCCUGUUUUUGUUAAAGUAAUAGAUAUAAACUUGGCACAGUCUAUUCAUGUAUUCUGGUGCCAAUGACUGUACAUUUUCACAAAUUAAAAUCGUAUUUUCUCACAAUUUAGCCGCAGUUUAACAUCUUAGGAUGUGGGUUACCUGAAAACCCCCAAAUUGUCUUCCUAAAUAAUAUUCUAUUCUAGAACUUGUGUUCUUCUAUUCUUUUACCUUUUCCUGUGUCUUGCGUAGUUAUCUUUAGUUUUCAUGACUGGUGAUUUUUUUUGGCCUUUACAUAACAUUCUGUAAGACCGAGCUGUGCACGAUUGUCUGAAACCACGCUUUUUAGGAUUUGUAAAGAUUGUCAGAUUAAAGACGAUAAGACUUGUUCCUACAGUUUUUCUAGCAAGGUUUAUGUUUAAUCUGAUUUUCUUUCAAUAACUGCCAGAUUAUCUAGUGGCACACACACAAAUCCUCCAGGCUUUCUUGGUCAAGCAGCAUGAUAUCAAUUGGCACCAGUUUUAUCUUAUUUCCAGUUGUCCUUUUUAUUUUCCUCUUCUGCUUUGAGAUCUCUUUUGCUGUAGGAGCACCGGCACAUAAUUCUUUGCAGUAGAAAGAGAACCUGUAGUGAGGUAUGGCUUUCUCUGCCGUAAAAGAAUGUUGUACAGUAUUUUUUUUUUUUUAUGAUUACCACUACCACUGUCAUGUCUUUUUUCAAACAAUGAGGGAUUAAAUCCCUCUGAUUGCCUGCUACUGUCAGCUUGCCAAUCAGACUUACCUCUUUAACAGCAACAAAGCAGUUUAUGGUCCCAGUCUCUUGAUUUAAUUUGGCUUGACUUCACAUGUUUGACCUGAUUUUGAUGAUCAAAGGCAUCAGAGUCCUUUUCCAUGCUUAUAUUGACGUUUCUCUCCUUUGACCCAUAGUGCAUAUGUACUGAUGCCAACUUAAAGGGACACUAUAGUCACCAGAACAGCUACAGCUUGUUGAAUUUGUUCUGGUGAGUAGAAUCAUUACCUUCAGGCUUUUUGCUGUAAACAUUGUCUUUUCAGAGAAAAUGCAGUGUUUACAUUGCAGCCUAGUGAUAACUUCACUGGCCACUCCUCAGAUGGCUGUUGCUGGGUCAUGGCUGCCUAAAAUGCAUCUAAACAUUCAGUAUCUCCUCCCUCUGCAUGCAGACACUGAACUUUCCCGAUAGAGAUUUAUUGAUUCAAUUCAUCUCUAUGAGGAGAUGCUGAUCGGCCAGGACUGUGUUUGAAUCAUGCUGGCUCUGCCCUUGAUCUGCCUCUUUGUCAGUCUCAGCCAAUCCUAUGAGGAAGCAUUGUGAUUGGAUCAGGUUACUACUUCUGAUGAUGUCAGCAGACUGCUGUUUUGUUUUUUUAGGCAAACAGCAUGCAGAGUUACAGCUUCUGGCUUGAAUACAGUAAGAUUUUGCUAUAUUUAUGGAGGCCCAGGGUGGCUAGAUGGUGGUUUUAACAUUUAUAGGGUCAGGAAUACAUGUUUGUGUUCCUGACCCUAUAGUGAUCUUUUAAUAAAUGGCGUGUAAGUGGCGUGUAAGAGAACAUUGAUAGCUAGCACAUUGCUCUUACAAACGCUCUGUUUUGGCUCUUACUGUCUUUUAGUUCCUGGUAUUCACUUCCUGUGUUAUAGUAUACAUAAAUGCAGUUUAACUUGUUCCAAAGUUUCUAGAUCUUUGUGUUCUUAGACUACAUUUCCCAGCUACCAUCAACAAGUCCCAGCUGGCUACCAGUAGAACACAGCUGCAGCAUGUGGUGAAAUAUUGAUUUCUGUCUUACUUUGAGUCCUUCCCUUAUGCAUCAGUCUCAUAACAACUAUAUCAUUAGGUUUUUGCAACAGCAGGGAUGUUCUCUUUCUUGCUCUGAACCAGUUUUCUUUUUAUUUAUUUUUCCUUUUCUUUCUUCAUGCUCUGUAAUUUAAAAUAUACAUGUUUACAAAAAAAUUCUGCUAUUAGACACUGCAUUUGCCAAACUAUGUUUAUGUAUCAUUCCGUACAUUAUGCAUGGACAUGUAAUAUUGUUUUUCCUCUCCUUAGACUGACGGCGUUCAUGAUAAAGACAACACUAGACCUGGAGCAAAUUCUGCAGGUAAUUCUAAUGUUUGUCUUUAUAUUUAUAGAAAAAGUCUAUGGAUCCAACGGGCUUCAGAAAUCCUCACUGCAGUGAUUUUACUUUAAAAACGUUUUUUCAUUGCAAAAACAAAAACCAAACCUCUUAAUUUCAGAAAUGUGGUCCGAAGCAAUAAAAGUGCUAAAAGGCGAAUACACUAUCCGUGCGAUCAAGGAGCAUAACAUGGACCAGGCCAUCAUAUUCUGCCGCACCAAGCUGGACUGUGAUAACAUGGAGCAGUACUUCAUACAGCAGGGAGGAGGUAUGGAUUGAUGGCACAUCUUGCUCAAAAUUGCAUCAGAAACAUAAGUCAUUCCAAAUGUUUCCCAUGAUGCUUAGCCAACCUGGUUGUAGGUUGAGCAUCAUGGGAAAUGUAGUUCAGAAACCAAGAAGGUUAACUGUGAUUGCAUUACGGUGUGUGUGUGUGCCUGCAAGUGAUUUGUCUUGUGGCCCCCACCAGAUUUAAUAAGAAGGUCUUUCUCUAUUAUUAGGUCCUGAUAGGAAGGGACAUCAGUUUUCAUGCGUGUGCCUCCACAGUGACAGAAAACCUCAGGAAAGAAAGACAAACCUUGAACGAUUUAAGGUAAACAUCAGGCCAAGGUGCCAUGAACGUGAAUAUAUGCUGAUAAUAUCCCAUAAACCAUUAUUGCUUCACAGUUUGUAUAUAAUUAGAACAGUCACCUGUUGUUGAGCGUCGCUUCCAUUUGGUCUAAAAUUGAGAAUUUCUUAAAUUUCUGACCUUUCAGAUCUUUAAGAAGAAUUAAAUCCAGUCAUGAAUGAAACGUUUAAUCUUGGGGAAUUUAUAUAAGUUUGUUCAUGUAACCCUCUAAAUUCUAAAGUAAAAUGUGGUAGCAAGUGCCCAUUGCACAUAGUGUAUAGUGUACAAUUUGUGUUUAGCCCUUGGGGAUUCCCUGGGUACACACUGGUUGAUCCUAUGUUGAUACAUUUUUCUUUUGUUCAGCAAAUCAGUGAGGUGAAAGUUUUAGUGAUAACAUUAUGAGUUCUUUACGGUUUUGCUUGUGUUUCUUCCUGCUGGUGAAUAGAAAGCUGAAGUUCGAUUCCUGAUCUGCACAGAUGUGGCUGCCAGGGGUAUUGAUAUUCAUGGAGUCCCUUAUGGUAAGCUCUUCUAUUGCUUCUUAUUUUUAUUUUUUGUAUUACAUAUGUUCAGACAAAUUGUACAAAAUGUCUAAAUAAUCUAGCUGUAAAGACAUCACCCAAAAGACUGUUUGAAUAAACAAACCCAAAUAUGGAAUUAUGACAUUUACCAUUUAAUAUUGCUCUAGCAUUUAAUGACAAGAGAUCUAUGCUCUACUUGUGGUACAUAUGUCCCAUAGUGCAUUUCAGGCUGUGCCAGGGGCACCACUCUACUAUUUUAUUUUUGGAAAGUAUUAUGUGAAACAAAGUGCACGAGUUAGAAGAUUCUAUUAUCUUUCAGUCAGUUUAAUAUUGAUAAUUGGGGAUAAAAUGGAUCACAGGUGUUGGUAGUUUUCUAAGCUGAAAACCACAGGUUACAAAGUGAUUGACCACAAUUAACAUUGUCAUUAAUUGAUCUAUUAAUUUACCUGUGUGAAUCUAACCUGCUUUCACUUUUUGCCUUUUGAAGUUAUCAACGUUACACUCCCAGACGAAAAACAGAACUAUGUCCAUCGCAUUGGCAGAGUAGGGAGAGCUGAAAGGUAUAUCCCAAAUAAUAUAUUGUUCCUAAUUAAAUAGUUUUAUCCUCAAACCUCAAGUUCUUUUAAGUAACCCCUUUUUUUUCCCCCCCCACUCUAGAAUGGGCCUGGCUGUUUCACUGGUGGCAGCCGAGAAAGAGAAGGUAAUAAACACAUAUUUUCUUUAAAAUCAACUAUGUGUUAGUUUAAGUAAUAAUCAAGAAAGUGACACUUCAGGCGCCUGGUUUUCAGUACAUUAUAUGUACAUUACAUAUUUCAUUUUAAGUUUCUACCUUUUCUGCACAGUUUUUGGAUUUGCAGCUUCUACAGGGAGCUUCCACUACACAUGUAUUUAUGUUUAAUUUUCAUUGUAUUAAAAGAACACUCUAAGCACCACAAACUGCAGCUCAUUGUAGUAGUUACAGUGCAAGGUGUCUGUGGGUGCAGUUCUGUCAAGUUAUUUAUUUAUUUAUUUUUUCAAGAAAACAAAUUCCUGGAAUCUGUCUGGCUAUGCCAUUUAAUGUACUUCUUGAUUUUUUUUUUGUAUGAUCCAAUGAAUAGAAUACAUUUAUGGCAAUCUGCAGUAUUGGAUCAUUACCAAAUGAUGUGAGCAGAUUAGAGGCAGAAUACUUUGUUCUGUUUUCUGCCUCACUUGGUAUCAGAGGAAGGAGUAAGAACCUCUGAGAGAGAGAGAGAGAGAUUUUAUAUUCAUUGAUCCUUGGUUGUUGUAAAAUGCAGAGCUUUUUUUCUCUAUUGCAAAGGCAUUUCUGGCCCAAUAUUUAUACUGACUGACUCAGAGAGUGUUUCUUAUGUUUAAUAAAUUAAUUUAGGAUUGUCUAGUUGUCAACAUUUUUAUUGUAUUUUUUUUCUUGAGGUUUGGUAUCAUGUGUGCAGCAGCCGGGGGAAAGGCUGUUACAACACAAGGCUGAAAGAAGACGGAGGUUGUACUAUAUGGUACAAUGAGAUGCAGGUAAUGUUCUCCAUUUGAGUGCUAUAUUUUGAUGUUUGUGGCUUUUUAGCAUAUACACUCACUAGAACGGAGAGUUUGGUAUACUGUUGCUUUUAGCUUUGCUAAAUAUACAGUGUAAUAUGUACGGCUGAACAUUUAUUGAUUUAAAUAGGAACUGUCCCUUUACAGUUUUUUUUUUAUUAGUUGAACCCAAUAGCUAUCUAAAAGUUAGGUAUCGGUUGUGCUAUUUUUUUUUUAUUUUUUUUUUUGUAUUUUUCCUUUAAUUUUUUUGUUUUGUUUUGUUUUUUACUUCCAUAAUCUGCAAGCCAGGGCUGGGCAAAGCAUGUAGUUUAGUUAACUCUUGCUUGUAUUCUGUACAUGCUGCACUGCUUGAGAACAUUCUGAGCACACAUGCACACAGAAUUUCUCUUUUAGGUGCCUCAGCGCAUUGAAAGGUCAUGGGAUGCUGGAGAUGCCGCAACUUUGAAGUGCAAUGUGUUUGUUUUGUUUUUAAAAUGACUUCCAAUGCAUUAUUCACAACAGGACAGUAAAUGCUAAAAUGGCGUUUACUGUGGUGAAGGAAUGAGAAGUUGUCACGUCUUUUCUGGAAAUGACAGUUUAUCUAUAUCCUCAUUGUGUGAAAGUCUGGGAUAGAUAGCUCUCCAGUUGCAGUAGAGCUGCUUUCUCCUGAUGUGCAGCAAUCACUCUGAAAGAAAAUGAAUGUGUCUUUGUGGCUAACUGAGCAUCAAGUGAUGCUGUAGCUUAACAACUGUUGAAACCAAAAUUGCAGUUUGCCACAGUUACACAACUUCUGUUUUAUUUCUUUUUCAAAGUGCUGAUUUUAUAAAGGUUUUUAUAAAUAUUUAGUUUAACUUAAUCAUUUAAACUAAAUAUUUGUAAUUUAGUAUUUUAUUAGGUUUGCUUCUAGUGUAUUGAAUAGCCUCCUUUAUCGUAGCACUUGGUGGACAAUAACAUUUUAUCUGCACAUCAUGUUAACAAAUAUGCCAGCAAAUACACAGAUAAAAUAUAUAAUUAUUCAUUCAGACUGUAAUAACGUUACACCAGGUACAUGUAAUAAAACUGCCCCAAACCAAUCUAAAACCAACAACUAGUGACCAUCAUGUGAUUGGACUAUCUGCCUUCUUGUACCUUGUGCACAGGUCAAUGGCAUCAUUCCACAUUGCCCAGUAUUCUUACUGCAGCAGGACAGGCUGAGGGAAACUUGCUGUGACUCGAUCUAUUCCUUUUGGUCUCUGCAAUUAUUGUAGCUCAGCCUCCACAGCAUCUUAUUCUGUCUCCAUUCACCUCCUCAAAAUAGUAACUCUGGUCCCAUAACAUUGAAACUCUGCUGGCCUCCAGUUUCAAAACAUGGUAACUACUCUUCCCCAGCCUUACCCUCUCAGCUACUUACAUACAAUGGAAAAACCUUAUAAAAAGCAAAAUAGGAGAGUUCUAGCUGGAGGUGGAGCAGACAUACAGGCAGAGACAGGCAGGUGGAGCCCAUUAACUAGGGGCAUGGUCUUGAAAGGUGGGCAGACUGGGUUUACAAUGUUGUGCCGCAAGAUGGGAGCGAAUGAUGUGCCUGAGACAGGUUGGAAGCCAUUUUUCACAACAUUUUCAAAAUACUUGAUUUAGUUGAUCUAGGGGUAUUUCACAGUAUGUUUCAAAACUAAGGACAAUGAUUCCAUUUUGUAUAAAGUUAUUUUUUGGCUACAGUAAUCCGUUAAACCUUUGUGCUAUUGUUAUAAAUAAAUAAGGUACAGAGCUAUGCAAACUGAGUGAGAGGUGUCUAUCUCACUCUAAGAAUACAAUGCAGUUACAUUGUGGCAUAGUAUAAUAUGAAGUUGAACUGUGCUUGCCAUAGGCUAUACAAUUUACUUAGUUGGGUAGACACAUCCACUUAAAAAAGGGUACAUCUAUCCAUCUUGGGCUUCAUACACGAGUAUCUGCUAUCUUCAUCGGGAAUUCUCCUUUUUGUUUUUUUUUCCGUUUUUUUUAUAGUUGCUGUCUGAAAUAGAGGAGCACCUGACUUGCACCAUAUCCCAAGUGGAACCCGAUCUCAAAGUUCCUGUGGAUGAAUUUGAUGGAAAGGUUGUUUAUGGAAAGCGAAGGGCUGCAGGGGGUAAGAGUGAAUAAAGACCUAUUAAUUCUAAUGUUAUUUGUCUACUUUACUGUAUCUUUCUGUAGAAAGAGCUUGUAGCUAUUGGUUAAAGCGGCACUAUCACUGUCUGGAUACUUUGCAUAACUUACAAAGACGCCAGAGGUGCUGGGGUGCCAGUGGCUGUGGGGGCAGGCAAAAGUGAGUUUUACUUACCUGAACCUGUCCUCGCGGGCACAGCCAUCAUCUUCUGGCUGGUUCGCUUCUGCUCCUGGUGCUUCCACUUCUAGGAGUCUAUGUAACUGCUGUUCUCUCACAUGUGGAAGAUAAGUUCCAUCCAGUGUCAAGAAGCAUCAGGCAGUGGACAAAUACUGAAACAAUGUAGUCCCUCGGUGUAUUUAAAGAUUCUAUCAAUGAGUAGUCAGAGAGCAGGGGUGUGUUGUGGGUGUCUUGAAUCCAAACCUUCAGCUAAUUUUCCAAGAUCCUUUGUCCGCUAUAGUUAUAGAAAAUGGGCUGGUAAAUGAGAAUGGGAAUUUUUUUUUAUAUGUGAAGAGCUGUUCCUCACCUCAUCAGAUGCAACCCUACUACAUAAUAUAUAAAAAGUUGGUAAAUCUGACUUUCUGUUCGUUUGUUUCCUGUAUUUUUGUAGGUGGACUCUAUAAAGGUCAUGUGGAUAUUUUGGCACCCACUGUACAGGAGUUGGCAUCUUUGGAAAAAGAGGCUCAGACAUCAUUUCUGCAUUUAGGGUAUUUACCUAACCAGCUGUUCAGAACCUUCUAAAGCUAAUGUGAACUGCUAGAGAACCGCUCAGUAAUUAAGCCCUAAUCUCUGAAAGAAUGUACCAACUGAAACCCAGGCCAUAGAUCAAGAACAUCUAACCGUUCCUUGUCCAGACAGAGGAGAAAGUUUCCUAGAAUCCUCUGCCAGCAGUAGGAUGAUCAAAGUCUGACAUCCGUGUUCUAGAAUAAUAAUUUCAUAAAUAGGUACUUUAAAAGUGUGCCCAUCAAUUCAUUUGUUCAUUAUUUAAACUGCUAAAUGUAGUAAAUACAUAGUUAUAAACCAACAAGGUAUACUUUCUUUUUCUCCUGUUUGAUUUCUGCAUGAUAUGAAUACAACAAUAAAUGAAUGGAGCAAAAGUGUUAUUUUAUGGAUUUAAUUAUUUUGAAUGCUAUUUGUUUUCAGUAAAGUUUUG